AUGUCCAAAGGGGUAAAGGUAGCAGCAAAUGUAUCUGGAGAUGGAGGCGCUGCGAGUGGUGAAGAGUCUGCCGGUGAAAUGAUUUGGCCAGCACCGUCGUUUAAUAAACCUCAGAAAUUUCCCCCAGUCACUCAUGCUAGGAAGAAACGUUACCAUUCUGCUUCAUUUAGUCACUCUGGUACAAAUGGUCUGACAGUCGAUGGGAUUCCCUCGGAUUCACACACAUUAACUGCUGCAAUUCACAAGGUUCAGCUGUCUAGUCAUCGUCUGCCGUACAGCAAAAACAGUAAAAAGUCAUGUGAUGGUCGUAAAAUACCAAGCAAACGUGGCGGCAAACACGAUGACCCAAAUGACGUUUUGGAUGAGAUUGAGUUGGAUCCCGAAGAUCCUGACUUUGAUUCAGAUGAAGAUGCGCCAGUUACAUUUAAUGAAGUUCAGCCGACGGUAUCUGACGAAGUAUUUGAGAAAACAUUUUCUUCUCUGAUGAAUGAACUUUUCAUCCAUGGCAAGACUCAAGAUAUCAUUGAUGCUGUUUCAGACAUGAAUCUUGCUGCACAUCAACGUCGCCGGCUUCCAUAUUUGGCAAUCACUCUUGCUAUUCAACAUCGUCAAACACAAUGUGAGCUUACUUCAGAGUUGUUGUCGGAUGUGUGGCAAAGUUUUCAGUCACGCUCAUAUUCAACAAGGCUUUCAGCUUGUUUUGAGUGA